AUGUUGGAAGAAGAAACGAGACAAGAAUUGCGGUUUGACCCGAGUGUAAACAGCCACAGACCCGCGUCAGGAAAGUCACAGGACAUUUCUCAUGUGUUGGCAAGCGUCUUCAAGGACCUUUACACCAAAGACAUCGUUGGUAAAGACACCGUGUCCAACCUCGUCAAGACAAAGAGUGGACGAAGCAGCUAUCAUGACAAAUACGUUGAGGAGCUUCAGCAGGCUCAUUCUGAGUAUGAACGGUGUAUGAAGGAGGCUGACAUGCUGGAGAGUCAUAUAAUUGAGGCCAGUGCUCGGGCUGCAGCCAUAGACAGGCAGGAAUAUGAGAAAAUGAGGGAGAAGAUGGGAGGUGUUUGUGAUCUCCAGGGUUUGUUUACAGUCAAACCAGCCUUUUCGUGGUGUGUAGAUAGUGAUCUUCUCAAAAAACACCACUUGAUCUCCCCCCAGGACUACUUACCUACACAGAAACCACAAGAACCAGCUGCAGUAAAACCAAAUGUUGCCAAACCCACUAACAUCCACGCCAUGCACAUGUCUGAGGAGCCUCAGGAUGAUGGUUAUUCACUGAUACCAAGCCCAGAAAAGCCUGUCUCAGAAAUGGUUGAGUUUGAUCACAGCCUGACCUCUGAAUCCAACUCAGAUACUACAAAGAGGAAGAAAACUCCCAAAGAGACCAAACCCAGACCAAAGUGGAAGGGUGAGCCAAGCGCGAGGGAUCGAGCAGAGGGGUGGGAGAAGCUUCAGAAGCUGAAAGAUCGGCGCAGCUUCCUCCGCAAUCCACGUUUCCUUUCCCCGAAUGCACAGCAGGGCGGCAUGUCCCUCAUCCAGGCCAGAACCAAAGUGAAGAUGGAGCUUGAGAGGAAAUGCCUUGAGCAGCAAAGGCCCGCUAAGGAUCCUGUCCCAAUCUUCCUUGCAAAACCCUCAGUGGUUGUUUUUACAGACUACGGUGUGGGACAUGUUUAUGAGACUACGCUGGAGCUGAAAAACUUGACUUCCUCAAGCCGCCAUGUCCGUGUCAUCCCUCCUACCACUCCUUACUUCUCUAUUGGCCUGGGAAGAUUCCCUGGUGAAGGUGGCGUUGUCGCCCCCGGGAUGAGCUGUAAGUACACGCUGCGUUUUGCUCCAGACUCACUUGCCGACUACAAAGAUUUCAUAGUGGUGGAGACCCAGGCUGAGCAGCAGCUUUUGGUGCCCAUUGAGGCAUGGCGACCUCCUCCUAUACUCACCUUACCAAGAGUUCUGGACUGUGGCCAUUGUCUGGUUGGAGGAGUUAAGUUUGUUGAGUUUCUGUGCCAAAAUAUUGGUCUUAGCACCGGGACCUUUUGCAUCAUCCCGAAGAACCAAUGGCCAGCCUCGAAUCUCAGGUCUGUGGCCAGAACAUACUUUUCUGAGCAGCAACCCUUUGCACUCAGUCCCUCCCUUUUCGUGCUGCAGCCAGGUGAAGCCACUGUAAUGGAGGCGGUUUUCUUUCCCACCGCUGAAGAGAAGAGCUGUCAGGUUUUCACCGUUGUCUGUGACAACUGCCAGGUCAAAGACAUUUCUGUUGAAGGUGAAGGCAAAUUGAUUGCCCUUGAGCUCGUGUCUGUAUCUGGGGAGAAGGAGCCCCCUGUGGUUGGAGAGCUGCACGAUCUCACUGCAGAGCACUUUGUUCGUUUCAGUCCAUGUAACCCGCACUCGUUUCAACAGAAGAGGCUUGUCAUCAGAAACAAUGUCCACUUGGAGUUCCCGUUCCACUGGCAGGUGAUGAAGCCCAACCUGCACCCUCUGCUUCCAGGGGAAAUCCCAGAAUCCUCCCAUAUCCAGCUCCAUCACGCUACAGAUGAUGUUUUCAGUGUCAGCCCCAUAUCAGGCCUUCUAGCGCCCUGUCAGGAACAAGAGUUUCUGCUCACCUUCUCACCCACAGAGUUGAAGGACUACCACAGUGUCUGUCAUUUGGUCCUGAGGGAGGUUCACCAGCUGCCACCAGAGCCCAGCGACAGCAGCAUCUUCCAGCCUCUGCAGACUGGCUCCAAGGUGAGCAAUGUCAUUGCCAUGGAGAUAGAGGUCAAGGGGUCAACAGAGCCGUACCAGGUCCUGCUGGAGCCCUACGCUGUCGUAAUCCCUGGAGAGAUUUUGGUUCACACUCCCACUCGCAGGCAGUUCAAGAUGUGGAAUCACAGCAAAACCUUCAUCUUGUUUCAAUGGGAGAGGAUGAGCAGCAGCAGCCACAUAAUAGAAGUAGAGCCAUCUGCUGGCAGAAUAGAGGAAAACGAGUGUGCUGAUUUUGAUCUAAUUGUCACUGGAGGAAAACCAGAGAAAGCUGUGACCAGUUUGGUUUGCCACAUACAGCACCACCAAGAGCCUGUGACUUUGCCAGUAGAGGUCUCCUUUAAAGGUCCCACAGUGAGUCUCAGUGUUCCCAGUGUGGACUUUGGGCUACUGAGGCUCGGGGAGCAAACUCAGACCACCCUGAUCCUCACCAACACCACCCUGCUGGAGGCUCCCUGGAUGCUGGAGGAAAGCCUUAGUAGUCAGAAAGACUGCCAAGACACACAGAUCUUAGUGGAGCCAUGCAGAGGUGUGCUUUCCCCCUUGGCCUCCUGCAAUGUGGAUAUUUUCUUUCGGCCAUAUCUCUGCCAGCAAUUUGAAACAGAGCUGGAGCUGACUGUGGAGAAUGGAACAGGAUGUCACCUGUUGGUGCGAGCAGAUGUGCAGUCUCCUCAGGUGUGUCUGCUAAACUGCAAGCUGGCCCUCUCUGAACUUUACAUCGGAGUCCCUGCCAAGGGUACCGUAACACUUUUCAACCAGACUCUGCUGCCAUCACACUUCAGCUGGAUGGACCAACUCCAGGGGAAACAAGCUUCACUCUGUGCUGCCAGUUUUGACCCUUCCUCUGGUAUUCUGGGACCUAAUGCCACCAUGGAGAUCACAGUUGAUUUUACCUCUCACGCAGAUCUGGAGCUGACUGAGGUGACUGCGCUCUGUGAGGUCCAGGGGAUGAGCUCUCCUCUAGUUGUUGGGAUUGUAGCUUCUAAACCCAAGAAGCUCUGUGUUUCCUACUCACUGCCCGGUGUCUGUUCCUCCCCAGGAAGCCUUUCAGCAGUGGCACUUGACUUUGGAGAUGAUGUCAUUUUAAAGAAAGCUGUUACCAAGCAGUUACUGAUAACUAAUCAAACUGCGAUCCCUGCCUCUUUUACCAUUGAGGCAGAAUACUUCACCUGCCAUGCCUCAAAGCCCAAUAACCAGUCAGAGAAAAGAUUCGCAUACGUCAAGAAUCCCCUUCACUCUGUUCAGGCGAAGAGAGUGGAAGAAAAAGCACACAAGGAGUUUGUGAGUAGCCUGCUGGCACAUGGAAAGGGUGCAGCUUUCAUUGUCCUGCCAGACGCGGGGACGCUGGGACCAUUUGAGACCCAGACUGUGGACGUGACUGCCUAUACCGACAUGUGGGGGGAAUACAGAGAUCACCUCAUAUGCAAAGUGGGGGAGCUCGAAUCUGUGCUCAUUCCCAUGCAGAUGACAGUGAAAGGCUGUCCGCUCUACUUCCAGAUGACAGGUCCACAAGCAGAUAACCAGCACCAGGGACCAACCAUACGGUUUGGCACUCACAUAUCUGGAGGUGACACAGUGUCUCGCUCUCUUCGCAUCAACAAUCCCAGCAUGUUCGAUAUCCGGAUUGACUGGGAGACUUACAACAUAGACCAGAGUGACCGUAAACUGGUGGAUCUCGUAGUGACAUAUGGAGACCCGUUCCCAAUUAAAGACGCUGAUGGCAAUGAGGUGCUGAGUGGAGCACUAAGGCUUUCUGAUGGAAACAUGCAAACAGUCUGGGAGAAGACUCACAGCCCUUGCUCGGAGGGAACAAGCUCGUCUCUCCGAAGUGUGACUGAUGUGGAAGAGGAGGAAUUUUUACCUGACGAUGAUCGUGAGGAAGAAGAGGAAACUUAUCCGUCUCCUGCGAGGAAAAACCUCAUCUCCGUCCACAUCAGACCUCAUAUGGGCAACCUCUCAGAUUACCCAUACUGCAUCACACCACAACAGACAGUGAUUCCAGCUAAGGGCAGUGGAACUAUCCAUGUAUCCUUCACCCCUCUGACUCUUUCUGAGUCAGCUUGUGAGUCCAGAUGUGCAGGUUUGGCUCUGGGUUUCAUGAGCCUCGACUCUCAGAUGGCUGCUUGUGUCCCGGGUAAAGUUGGAAGGGCUCAGGGUUUAGAUUUAGAGCCUGUCAGAAUGGAUCUACUUGCAGCCGUUAAACCUGCAGUGCUGUUAGUGCAGAUGGAGGAGGACGACGGGGUGCUGGAGUUUCACGCCUCGGCCGGUGAUUUACUGAGGGCAGAAUCAGACAAGGAGGUAGAAGUGCGGGAAUUCGACAUCACACAGACAUUUAAGUUAGCAAACACCUCAGAGAUCCCCCUGCACUUCAGACUCAAGACUCAGCUUCCUUUUUUUGUACUCAAGCCGCAACCGCGAGCCCGAACCAGCACCUCCAGCAACCCUCCUACUGGGGAAAAUCAAUCUCUAGUGCUUCAGCCUCAACACAGCAUGCGGGUGAAAGUGGCCUUUCACUGUUCUCUACCCCUUCUGGACCAUGUGGACCAGACAGAUGAAGAAGCUCCUCCUGGUGUGAUGCUUGUCCAAAGCGCAAAGGGGCAAAGGAAGCUGAGGUUCGAGCAAAACCUUCUGAUCCACUACAGCAACAACGGCCUGCAGACAGUGCCUCUCCGCGCCCAUCUGGACCUUUGUACUCUACGUCUAUCCACUGACAGCAUCAACUUUGGCUUCUGCUAUGUGGGACAGACACAAACCAGAGAAGUUAACCUCUACAGCCAUGGAGCCCACACCUACUGGAGAUCACUUACAAAAGAAAGAGACUCCAAUGUGUUCAGAGUUACGCCAGACUUUGGGCUGCUCCAGUCCAAGGAGCUCAGUGCCGCCCGCUGCAGCCAGUGUCUUCAGAUCAGCUUCACUCCCAGUGAGGGCAGAGAGUUCGGGGCCCUGGUGGUUAUCCAGUCUCCUCUGGUGAAGACCCCCCUCACUCUGCAGCUCCAGGGAACUGGAUCCUUUGAUAAGGUGCACAGGACAAGCUGCACGUCCUUAUAACAUCACAGCCACCACCUGCUUUUCAACCAGUUCUCCUCAAAGUCUUUUUGUAAGAUUGUAAAUAAAUAUAAAGAAGAACUCA